UGUUAAGAACUUCCUAUGUUUGUGGCAGAAAGAGAAACAGGUUUGAGGACGACUGUCUGCUCCAGCUACAGGUGCUCUCUGCAGAUGAAGUGCUUUAUGAUCACUCAGAGCUUCCAGAGUGAACAGGAUGGUUGCUCUGACUCUAUGGAUACUCUUCACAUUUUCGCAUCUCUCCAGGAAAGGGGUAAAGACUCAGGACUGUGGAAUCGCACCUCUAAACACAAGAAUAGUCGGAGGUGACAAUGCAACGUCUGGGUCGUGGCCCUGGCAGGUCAGCAUACACUACUCAACAAGUCACAUCUGUGGAGGGACGCUCAUCAAUGACCAGUGGGUGUUGACAGCAGCCCACUGCAUUCUGACGAGGACACUGAGUGUGUGGACUUUAUACCUUGGAAGAGAGACUCAAGCUGGCCCAAAUGUCAAUGAGGUUUCACGUAGUGUGUCCCAGAUCAUCGUCCAUCCCAACUACAACAACACACUGUACAACAACGACCUCGCCUUGAUGAAGCUCGGCACCUCUGUCACUUUCACUGACUACAUCAGACCUAUCUGCCUCGCCAGCAGCUCCAGCCAGUUCUUCAACUCCACCCUAUGCUGGGCUACCGGCUGGGGAAAACUUAAUAAGACCGAGAAUUUGCCAGUUACCCAGCCUCUGCAGCAGGUUCAGGUUCCUGUCAUUGGAAACAAGCAGUGCAGCUGCAACUACAUCUCAACAGAUGCAACCAUCACUAGCCAAAUGAUCUGUGCAGGGCAGCAGAACAAAGGAUCAUGUCAGGGAGACUCUGGAGGACCUCUGCAAUGUUAACAAGGCUCAUCUUGGAUCCAGGCCGGCAUCACAAGCUUUGGGAUACCUUGUGCCCUGUCUGGUUUCCCUGAAGUCUAUGCCCGGGUCUCAGAGUUUCAGACGUGGAUCACAAGUCAAGUAGCAGGCACCACAGUUAACUUUGUGACAGUCACUUCUACUGGAACGGACCAAGACAGCAGCUUUGUGUGUGAAACCACAACAGGAAGUUCAGUCAGGUUUUCAGCUGAGCUUUCACUGGUCACAUUAAUGACGGUGGUCCUGUAUCAAGUUUUACUUCAAUAGAUCAGUUUAAAAAAAAUAAAAAAUAAACAAUGCACUUUAAUCAUUCUUCACAACGUAUUUCAAGUGGAUGGGUGUGUUUCCACUGGCCUUGAAGCAACUUGUCUUGUCCCAGAAGCAGUGUCACAUUGUUGCUCUACAUAUCUAUUAAUUUAUCUAUGUAUCUGUUUACGCUUUAGCUCUAUUUUUUAUGUGCCUCGCUUCCGAACACAUCAAGCUCAGCAUUUUGGAUCGGGCCAGACAGAAGGUCAAACAUGGGAGCAGCGGUAAACAAUUUGGCAACUUUCAAAAUAAAAGACUUCUUCAGAUUUCUAAUUGUUUAAUCAAUA